AGAAAGGCUGUUGGCUGUUGGGUUUGUCGCUUGAUUCUAAGCUGAAUACCGGGUGGCUGAGGAAACCUUAUCCCCUCAGGCCAGCCACAUGUCCGUCAUAGGGCAGGCUGCCAUGUUCCUUCCACUGUAGGAUGGUGUGGGGGAAAGACAGCCCAUGUCCUGGUGCUGGCUGGCUGUGUCCUCAGGGCAUGAGUGGAGCAGGGUAACCCAAAGUAGCAUUUUUUUUGAAAGGUGUUUAAAAAAAAAUCAGGGGGAAAAUCAGGACUGGGUUGGAUGUGGUUAUGCUUCUUUUAUUCUUUUAAGGGUUAGUAGUGUUUGUUCUGAAUCAUUUACCUGAUGCCUGGCCCUUCUUCCAGUCCACCCUUGGGGUCCUGCCUAAGUAGCCCCAUGUCUCUGCCAGCCUCUUUCCCGGCCGUGUCAUGGGCAUGUGCACCCCAGGCCUAAGGACAGGUGGCAGGUGGACAAAAUCAAACGUGAGACGGGGUGUUCCCACCUAUGUGUGAGGCCCCAAGGGAUGAUGAGCGAAGCCAGGGGUGGGAAGGGAAGCCGUCCUAGCCUGACUGGGUUUUCCCCACGCUGCCGGGUCCUGGCACAGAUGCCAAGGAGUGCCAGAACUCCGAACUCACUCCUGGCCUUCCUGGUUGUUACAAAGAUGUAUUUAACAAGGUAGGAGGACAGAGCAUAUUUCAUUUAACGGUUUGUUAGCUUGAUUUAUGACUUUUAAAUAUGAGACAUAUGGGAAAUGGCCUCUGUGUGUACUUGUGCCCUCGGCCUCGCCAGGGCCAGGGAGGCCUGCCAGCUUCACACCUGCAAAGAGCCUUUGCCUUUCUGCUGGGGGGAUGGGCGCAUGGCAGAGCCUCGGGAAAUUCUGUGCACAAGGCCAGCAGAGGUGGGGGGCCCAGACUCCUUCCCACCCUACUCUCAGGAGAUGGAGCCCAAGUCCUGCCCCCUGGUCCCUAAUUACUAGGCUCAAGACACAAAUGGUCGUGGGCCUGGCAGAGACCCCUGUGGGAACCAAUGGCGGUUCCUCACACAUUUACGGCAGCAGCAGGAAUCACAGGCCUGAGCAAAGGUCCAGUCCAACCAAACCAGCAGCCAGACUGGUGCUAGCACAGGUCGUGAUCUGUCCCCUGGCACAGAGGGCGGGUGCACGAUGUGGAGAGAGGAACACAAGCAUCUCGGCGGGGAGUCCCAGGUCUGCCUCCCACUCUCCCCCUUGCUUCUCUGUUUGCUUUUCUUCUUAUACACCCCCGCGAUGCAUCCCCUUCCAGACCCAGUGCAGGGCUGGGACGCCAUGCUCAGGGAGCACGGUUCUUUGUUCCUGUUCCUCAGUGUCCAAACUCUGUCACCUCUUUGGGAUUUUGUUCCCAACACGAUCAUCAAAGCUGUUUUUGGAAUGGCUUUGUGGGGACAGGGCAGGCCCACAUAUGUGGUCUUCGCUGAUUUGCCCCCAGGGCUGGCACACGGCCCAGAGGGCCCACCUUACAGCAGAGCAGGUCUUGGGCAUGCCAUUCGGGUGUCAUGUGAUCUGGCCUCAACUUGCCUUUCUGGUCAACUCUCUCAGCUCAUCCCUCCCUCUGACUGCCCGCUGGUUCCUGGCACGCCUCACACUUUCAUCGGCCAGUGUCACUCUUUCAUCUGUGCCCUUGGUUUCUACUAUUUCCUGCCUCCGCCUAUUGGGAUCCAGCUCUACCCUUCCAGCAACCUGGAAACACCACGUGCCCCGUAAAGUCUUGGUUUGGCCCUCCCCUGGCGAUGUUUGAUUACACCCCAUAGCCUAGCAUGUGUGUGGCCCAGUUAGCGGUGCCACUGGCCAGUGAGUCCUAAAGGUCAGGCCCUCUGCUUUGUCUUUUGUACCCCUCACAGUCCCUAGCACAUAGUAGGCCCUUCUGUGUGCGGUGGCUGAGGGAGGGAGGCAGGGAAAAUUAAUAGGGAACUGUGUUUGUUCCUGUGACUGUCUUCCAGUCCUGGGGCCCAGGGCUGUGCCCUCUCUGGGGGCUCUAGGGAAAGGUCCAUUCCUGCAGGCCCUGGCGUUCCCUCCCAGUCUCUGCUCUACCUUCCCAGCAUGGAGGGGGUCACGUCUCCCUCUCCCUUGUAAGGAUACACAGGACUGCAUUUAGGGCCCACCCGGAUAAUCCAGGAUUCUCUUCCCUUUUUAAAAUCC